ACCACCUCUCUACAAAGACACUCGAUCCAUUCAGCAGACACCCAAGAGUGAUUUACUUACUCCGUCCAAGCAAUCUCGAUUUUCAGUACGUGCAAGGAAAAAAAGGAAAAAUGGCCUCCAAAGACCAGACGGGGAGCUCCAUCGGCGAGAAGGCAGGGGAGGCGGCGAAGUACACGCAGGACAGGGCGUCCGAAGCGGCCAAGUUCACCAUGGACUCCGCCAUCGCCGGCAAGGACAAGGCCGGCAGCGUCCUCCAGCAGGCCGGGGAGCAGGUGGGGAACGCGGCGAUGGGAGCCAAGGACGCGGUGGUGAACACGCUCGGGAUGGGAGGAGACAACGCCAAGACCGGCACCAAGGACGCCGCCGCCAAGUAGCACCGCCUAGAAGAUCAACGGGGAUCACUAGAUGUCGUCGAUCCCGGCGCUUAAUUAAUUUGUGUCCCUUUGGUCGACUGUGUGUAUGCUCCAUUUCCACUUGAUGUAUUAUUCGGUGUAAGUUUGCAUUCCUUUGAUGUACUCGUGUCCCGGGCCUGUAAUGAACAUUGCACGACCAUGAAAAUUUGUCUUAGUCUUGUCAGACCAAAUUUGUCGGAA